AUGCCGCUGUAUCGCGAAAUCCGCGCCGCAUAUGAUUCCAAGACGAUCACAGUCUACCAGGCGUACAAAGCAGAAAUUGCAGACCCCGCAGUAUCUGAGCAAAAGCUACACGCAUCGCCGCUCUUCAAGCCCAGCCGCAUGACAUGGAUCAAGCCAAGCUGGGCUUGGAUGCUCUAUCGAGCUGGGUACUCGUACAAGGAUCGCGGACAGGAGCGCAUUCUUGCUUUACAUAUGAAGCACGAGCAUUUUAUUGAGCUACUCGAACAUGGAGCACUGGCCCACAAAAAUGCCGAUCUUCCUAUCAACACGUCAAUGGAUGCUGGUGAAUCUGAAUCAUUGGAACGACUUCGCAAAUUCGCUGAGGCUGAACUUGAAGGUGGGAACUCCGCUCAACAAAUCGAGACGGACGGAAAGCCACAAGUUAGAGUGCAGUGGGACCCAGAACGGACGAUACGUCUGGAGAAACUGCCGCACCGCAGCAUCCAAAUUGGCAUUCCGGCUGCCUUAAGUUCCAAGUGGACGGAAACGAUGAUUGUCAGAAUUGAGGAUGUCACGGAAAAGGCCCGGGAAUUGAAGAAGCUACUCGAUGAACGAGAUGAUAUCACAAAUGAGGAGCUCAUUAGGAAGGGACUGAUCCCGGUGGAGAAAGUCUUCGAUGUUCCCGAACAUGUACAAAGAUUACUUGAGAUGGGUUGA